AUGGUCGCAGCGCUGCGCACCGCCCGCGCGCUCCGCCGUCCCCUGGGCCAGGUGCGCACCUUCUCGUCGUCCCACCAUGCCGCCGCCGAGAAGAGGUACUAUCCGCCACCAGAGCCCUUCGUCGGCGGCGAGUCCAUCUCCAUCCAGCCCUCGCCCUUCUCCACCUUUGGCGCCUCGCCCGAUCUGCUCACCCACUAUCUCUCGCUCCAGCCAGCACCACUCACGCUCCGCCAGCUCAUGGCACAGGGCGGCAAGCCUGGCCAGGCGCUCACUCCCGAGCAGCUGCUCUCCUCGGCACAGCACACCCACCGCGAGCUGCCCAUCCGCCUCGCGCGGCGUGUCGGUGGAUUUCGUGCCCUCCCCUUCAUCGUAGGCAGCAACCCGUUCAUCUCGCGCAUCGCCCGUCUGUACGCCUCGAGCUUCGAGACGCUCGUCAAGUUCGGCCCCAUACACACCCAGGACGACAACCGCCGCUUCACCGCCGUCAUCGAGGAUCUCGUCGCCGCGCACGCACAGAACAUCCCCACGCUUGCAAGGGGCUUCCAGGAGUCCAGAAAGUAUAUGGACGCACGCCAGAUCUCGGCGUUUCUCGAUGCCGCCAUCCACUCGCGCAUCGCCAUCAGAAUGAUCGCAGAGCAGCACCUCGCCCUGUCCGCCACAUCCAAUGAUCUACGCCACGUGGCUCCCAAGACCACCAACAACAUCGCCCAAUCGCCGCACAGCCUCGACCCAGAUCUGCCGCCCGAGGGGACCAGCAGCCAGGUCCACCACGACUACGGCUCGCCCACCGCCGUCGGCAUCAUCGAGACCCAGCUCAGCCCCGCACGCAUGACGCGCAUGUGCGCCGCCUUUGUACGCGAUCUGUGCGAUGGCACGCUCGGCGCCGCUCCGCAGCUCAUCCUCGAGGGCGACCUCGACGUGACCUACACCGGUGUGCCCGUCCACCUCGAGUACGUCAUGACCGAGCUGCUCAAGAACUCCUACCGCGCCACCACCGAGAACUUCUUCAAGCACUCGGGCUCCUCCUCCACCGCAGACAUGCCGCCUGUCAUUGUGACAAUCGCGCAGUCGGCCAAUCACGUCUCGCUGCGCAUCCGCGAUCAGGGCGGCGGCAUCUCGCCCCAGAAUCUGCCGCACGUCUUUAGCUACGCCUUCACCACCGCAGGCACCAGCGCCGAGCUCGAAGACGCCGAAGAGAGCGGCGGCGGGCCGUACGCCAUGCAGGCCGUCGGCGGUACCGGCGGCGACGCGCUCGCAGAGAUGGGCAAGAUGGGCCUAGCCUCGGGUCUCGGCACGCUCGCAGGCUUGGGCUACGGUCUGCCCAUGGCAAGGAUCUAUGCAGAGUACUGGAAGAACGGCUCGGCGCUCGACCUCGUUUCGCUCUACGGCCACGGCUGCGACACCUUUGUCAAGUUGCCCCGCCACAUUGAACUCUCCAACACCGUCAUUUGA